AUUAUUCUCUUUCCAAGGCUUCGCCGGUCCAGGGAGCGUCUGCCGUCUAAGUAAAACGCUAAGCUACGUCAUUCGGGCCCAGGCUGAGCAAGAAUGGCGGGUGUUCUCCUUCUUCCAGCGCGCUCUCACAAACCCUUCUCUCCCGCGUCAUUUCCUGAAAAUAGAAGCUUCAAUUUCCCCAAAUCUCUGGCUUUUCAAAAGCCCCUCAGCUUCCGCACCUCUAUCAAGACACUGCGGAGCCCCCAGUUCAUCCCCGUCUACAAUCAAUUGGAAAAAAACUCUGCCCGCAACGCUCCACAAGGUGACGAAGUGAACAAUUUGGGGGUUAAGGCCGCAUUGUCUACGUUGAGGUUCUACAAAAGUGAAAUCUCGCCGCUGUUGCCAAAUAGUUGUCGCUAUGUUCCAACAUGUAGUGAGUAUUCCAUGGAAGCUUACAAGAAAUAUGGAGUUGUUAAGGGCACCAUUUUGACUGGUUGGCGUCUCUGCCGCUGCAAUCCCCUUGGUGGGUCUGGAUUUGAUCCUCCACGAUGGUUUGGGGAGACUAGGCCACCUGAGUAAUGGGACUUUCCAAUAUUAUGGGGGCCAGAUUACUCGUUCAGUGCUUCAGCACUUACAAGCAGGUUCAUUUAAGCUUUUUACACCUUGUAUAGUUUUCUCUCUAUGUGAAUAAUAGGCUGACAUUGAGAUGAUGUAUAUUUAUUCACUCCUUUUAUUUCUUUCAUUCUUGUAACGUUUUCCAUAUAUUCACCACAAGCUGUCAAAUUUUGAUUUUGUAGUUUCAUUAUAUAGAUUAAAAUACAUUUUUGUCAA